AUGCAACCCGUCCUCCAGAACGCCACGACGUCCCACGAGCAGGACAAGAUGCUCGUACAAAAAGCUACGAAGCAGAAUCGUUCCUCGCAACAAGCACACGGAGCACGGCCGAAGAUCAAGCUCAGCAUAUACAUACUGAACUGCAGGCCGCUCGAGCCCAUGAAAUUUGCCCUGGAAGACUGCCCUACGGUGCAAAGUCUCUUCCGGAGGGUUGAUGACAACCUCUUACGUACACUGAGGGUUCGCCACAGACUCAACUUGCUGGCCGUCCUCCUCGGUGAUCCCGCCGACCCGUGUCCCAGCAUGGUCAUGUUUGAGAAAGACGACGAUGCCGCGUACGCCAAUAUGCUGAAGGAGGUGGGGAAGCUCGUUGAGGGGCUUGGAGCGAAGAAAGAGGAGGUGGUCAUCCCGACGGUGUGCCAUGCUGUUUCUCCUGAUCGUAUGACCGACCGCGAAUGGCGCAGACAGAGUCACGGAUACAACACGGUCUGGCACCUACGACAACUCUGA